GACGCUGCAUCAAGCCUGCAUGCAGCAGCAGUAGCAGGCUGGGCUUUGGGAUCCAUUGUUCCAUGUUUUUUCCACCACCCGGGUUUAUUCCUUCUCAAUAAGAAGCCAGGGUAGAAAAAGCAAAGAGGAACACAGAAACAUUAAAGGAGCUGAGGUUUGUCUGGGCAGGAUUUUUAUUUCUCAGCCAUAGUGUUGUGGACAAAGGAGAAACACUCUCCAGCUCUUUGCUGUUGGCCAGGCUUGCAGUUGACUGCAUUGGGAAGUAAGCGCUCUCAGCGUGGCGGCUAUGGGGCUGCCUGGCGGAGCUCUCCUUCUGCUGGGGGUUCUGAAACAAACACCGUGCCUCUUCAUCUGGAAGUUAUCCCUGCUCCUUUUCUCCAUCUGGGCACUUGAUGCACAAACCACAGUGGAAACUAAAGCCUUGUACAUCUGGCAAACAGGUCCAUGGGGUCGGUGUAUGGGCAGUGAGUGCGGACCUGGAGGCAGCCAGAGCAGAGCGGUGUGGUGUGCCCAUUCUGAAGGCUGGACCACCCUCCACACAAACUGUGACCAGGCAGAGCGGCCGGAAAACCAGCAGAGCUGCUUCAGGGUGUGUGACUGGCACAAAGAUCUUUACGAAUGGCAGCUGGGUGCUUGGAACCAGUGCGUCCCAGUAAUGAUGCGCAGUGGUGGGGUGCAGCGGCCAGCUGUGUGCACACGUGGAGAGGAGGGCAUACAGACUCGUGAAGUGGGCUGUGUUCAGAGAGCCGAUGGCGAGCCUGCACAGGAUGCAAUUUGUGAAUACUUCGAGCCUAAACCGAGGCAGGAGCAGGCUUGCCUAAUACCCUGUCCUCGUGACUGUGUGGUGUCUGAGUUCAGUCCGUGGACCUCAUGCUCUAAAACAUGUGGCAUUGGCUUACGGAAUCGAAUACGCUUUGUUCUGGCGCCACCACUGUUCGGUGGGUCUGCCUGCCCCAAUCUAACUGAAUUCCAGACGUGUCAGCCUGGACUGUGUGAGGGGGAGGACAACCUCUACAGCCUCAGAGUUGGACCCUGGGGCUCCUGUUCUGUCCCUUUGCCAAGGCAAGUCAGGCAAGCUGAAAAACCAAGCCGGGAGAACAGCAAAAGAUCCAGGGAAAGCGAUAAACCUGCUAAAGACGGCAACAAACAGUCCAGAGACGGUGUAACACCAUCCAAAGGAGGGGAAAAACAGGCCAGAGAAGAACGCAAGAAAAAACGAAUGAGAGAUGAUGAGAAACAGUAUGAAGAAAAGGAAACAAAGUCCACAGAAGGGGAGGAGAAAGUGUCCAGAAAUGGUAACAAACCACCAUCAGGUAACAGAAAACUGGGCCGAGCAAACAGGAAGCAAGGCAAAGCCUUCAGACAGGCCGAUCGACCCAAGCGGCAGAAAAAGGUAAAAAACAAGGCAAAAGAAGACAAAAUGAGGGAGAAGGUCAAAGGAAGGAUAAGAGAGAAGGGGAAGCCGAAAGACCCAGAGACCAGAGAGCUGAUCAAAAGGAGGAGGAACAAGAACCGGCAAAACCGUCCAGGAGGAAAAUUCUGGGAUCUUCAGGUCGGCUACCAGACCAGAGAGGUGACCUGUGUGAAUAAGAGCGGAAGCAUUGAAGCUCUGAGCCUGUGCUCCCAGGAGACACUCCCAGUGACCUUUCAGGCCUGUGUGGUUCCCAGAGAUUGUGAUGUGACUGAGUGGUCUGAAUGGUCAGCCUGUUCCAAGCAGUGCUAUGACCCCAGUGGGGCAAAAGGGGAGCGAACCCGCAACAAGAAAGUCAGUCAGUUCCCAAUCGGUGGAGGAGCGGAGUGCCCAGAACUGGAAGAAAAGGAGCCGUGCAGCCCCCAGGUGGGAGAAGCCCCACCGUGCAUUGUCUACACCUGGAAGACCACGGAGUGGACGGAGUGCAGGGUGGACGUGCUGCUGAGCCAGCAGGACCGUCGCCGUGGAAACCUGACAGGCUUGUGUGGGGGGGGGAUCCAGACCAGAGAGGUGUAUUGUGUGCAGGCCAGUGUUGAUGCACCUAACCUGAGUUCGCUGAGGACCAGAGAAGGUUUGCGGCCAGUGGACAGUGAGCUGUGUUCAGGGGUUCCUCCAAAUACCACCCAGCUGUGCCACAUAAGCUGUCCUGUGGACUGUGAGGUGUCUCCGUGGAGUGCUUGGGGUCCCUGCACCUAUGAAAACUGUGAAGACCAAAGCAAUAAGAAAGGUUUUAAACUGAGGAAGCGGAGGAUCAUCAAUGAUCCCACAGAUGGGACGGGAAACUGCCCCCAUCUAGUGGAGGCCAUACCCUGCGAGGACCCCAGCUGCUUCGAAUGGCUGGUGGUUAAUCUGGAGGAGUGUGUCCCUGACAACGAGAAGGAGUGUGGACCUGGAACACAAAUUCCCCAAGUCCAGUGUGUUAACAGUGAUGGUGAAAAGGUGGAGAAACAGCUUUGCCGGGAUGCCAUCCUCCCUAUGCCCACCAUCUGUGAGGUGCCUUGCCCAAAGGACUGUGCCCUCAGCCCUUGGACUCCGUGGUCAUUUUGCUCCCAUACUUGUUCUGGAAAAAACACAGAGGGGAAACAGACCCGAGUCCGUUCCAUCCUCGCUCACAACGCAGGAGAAGGAGGACUCCAGUGUCCCAAUGUUAGUGCACUGCAAGAGGUGAGGAGCUGCAACGACCAUCCGUGCACCGUGUAUCACUGGCAAACAGGUCCUUGGGGUCAGUGCAUCGAGGACUCCUCCAUCCCCUCCACCAACGCCUCUGUGGGGAGAACGCGCAGCAGCGACGCCUUGUGCUCCGUGGGAAUGCAAACCCGUAAAGUCAUUUGUGUCCGAGUCAAUGUGGGACAAGUUCCUCCUAAAAAGUGUCCAGAGAGUCUCCGUCCAGACACUGUAAGACCGUGUUUGCUUCCCUGCAAAAGAGACUGCAUGGUUACACCGUACAGUGACUGGAGCUCCUGCCCACCGACUUGUCAGAAAGGUAGUAAAGCUAAAAGUAAACAACACAGGAAGCGACUGAUCAUCCAGUUACCUGCUAAUGGAGGACAAGACUGUCCUGAAAUCAUGACCCAAGAAAGAGAAUGUGAAUCAAUGUCUCUUUGUCAAGGAUACAGAUGGAAAACCCAUAAGUGGCGAAGAUGUCAGCUGGUCCCGUGGUCCGUACGACAGAACGCGCCUGGAGCUCAGGAGACCUGUGGACCAGGCUUACAGUUCCGCGCCGUUUCUUGCCGAAAGCUAGAUGGCGGUCAAGCGGACAUCGAGGCUUGCCUUCAGCUUGGCACCCCCAUGCCGCCCCUCACCCAGCUGUGCCACCUUCCCUGUCAGGAUGACUGUCAGCUCAGUAACUGGUCCAAGUUUUCUACCUGCACAGCAGACUGCGUAGGCGUCAGGACCCGCAAGAGGAUACUAGUAGGAAAAAGUAAAAAGCGUGACCAAUGCAAAAACAACCAGCUGUUUCCUCUGAGCGAGACCCAGUACUGCCCAUGCAACAAGUACAACGCUCAGCCGGUGGGCAACUGGUCCGACUGCGUCCUGCCUGAGGGCAGUCGCAUGGAGAGCCAGCUUGGCAUGAGGGUCCAAGGAGACAUCAAGGAGUGUGGCCAAGGAUACCGCUACCAAGCCAUGGUGUGCUACGACCAGGACAACCGCAUAGUGGAAACGUCUCGCUGCAACAGUCAUGGGUAUAUCGAGGAGGCUUGCAUCAUCCCCUGUCCAUCCGAUUGCAAAUUAAGUGAAUGGUCCAACUGGUCUCGCUGCAGCAAGUCGUGCGGCAGCGGGGUCAAAGUUCGUUCAAAGUGGCUCAGAGAAAAGCCGUACAAUGGUGGAAGACCUUGUCCCAAACUGGACCAUGUCAACCAGGCUCAAGUGUAUGAGGUGGUGCCCUGCGUCAGCGACUGUGGACAGUAUGUCUGGGUGGCAGAACCGUGGAGCGUGUGGAAGGUCAGCAGCGUGGACCUGAAGAGCAACUGUGGCGAAGGCGUGCAGACCCGAAAAAUCAGGUGUAUGCUCAACACAAUAGAUGGACCAUCUGAGCAGGUGGAGGACUACCUCUGCGACCCAGAGGAAAUGCCUUUAGGGGCCCGGAACAGCCGCCUGCCCUGCCCCGAGGACUGCGUACUGUCAGACUGGGGAACCUGGAGCGCGUGCCCUCUGCCCUGCAGUGAGAACACUACACGUGUCAGGGUUGCCUACCCUCUCCGGAGACCUGGAAAAGAAAAAAAAUGUCCUUCUACAAAAGAGACAGAACCAUGUAAAAUCAACAGCAACUGCUUUCACUACUCAUACAACAUCACAGACUGGAGCACCUGUCAGCUCAGUGAGAGAGCGGUUUGUGGGUACGGCAUCAAAACCCGGAUGCUCGACUGCGUGCGCAGCGACGGGAAAUCUGUUGACCUCAGCUUCUGUAAAGAGCUGGGCCUAGAGAGGAAGUGGCAGAUGAAUGCUUCCUGCGUGGUGGAAUGCCCUGUCAACUGCCAGCUGUCUGACUGGUCAGCGUGGUCAGAAUGUAGACACACCUGUGGCUUGGCAGGCAAACUGUUGAGAACACGAACAGUAAUUCAGGCCCCUCAAGGUGAUGGGAGGCCAUGUCCGUCUCAGAUGAAACAAUGGAAGCCUUGUCUGGUCAAACCCUGCUACAGCUGGCGAUACAGCCCCUGGUCUGACUGCAAGUCAGAGGGGGCGAGGUGUGGGGAAGGCAUGCGCUUCAGGAAUGUGUCCUGCUUUGUGUCGGACGGUUCAGGUCAGCAGGACAGCAGCCUGGUUGAUGAUGAGCUGUGUGGAGAUGUGGAGCUCUCAGUGGACGGAGAUAAACAGAUUAUUCUCCAGGAGCCUUGCACCGUGCCCUGUCCAGGAGAAUGCUACCUGACAGAAUGGACUGCCUGGGGUCCAUGCCAGUUAAGCUGUGUGAGCGGGGAUGACCUGGGUUUUGGCUCAGUCCAAGUCCGAUCCAGAACUGUAGUCGCUCAGGAUCCUGAAAACCUGCUUGAGUGUCCUGAACAAGAACUGGAGGCACGGCCGUGCACAGGUGGAACUUGUUUUGAAUACAAGUGGAGGACUGGACCAUGGAGAGGCUCGUCUCGUCACGUAUGGUGCCAACGCUCUGAUGGGUUGAAUGUCACAGGAGGGUGUCUGGCAGCAGUCAAGCCAAUGGCAGAUCGAUCCUGUGACCCGCCCUGUACCAAGCCAUGGUCUUUGUGCACCGAGGCAGGUGUGUGCGGCUGUGAAGAGGGCUACACCGAGGUGAUGACGUCCGACGGUGUGUUGGAUCAGUGCACCGUCAUCCCGGUCCUGGAGAUCCCCACUGCAAGCGACACCAAAGCGGACGUGAAGACGAUCCGAGCGUUCAGCCCCAUCCAGCCUGCAGCCAGUGCCCCGGGCAGAGCGGGCAGAACCUGGUUCCUGCAGCCGUUCGGUCCAGAUGGGACCCUGAAGACCUGGGUGUACGGAGUGGCAGCCGGGGUGUUUGUUUUACUCGUCUUUAUAAUCUCGAUGACAUAUCUAGCCUGUAAAAAGCCAAAGAAGCCACAGCGACGGCAGAUGAACAACAGACUGAAGCCUCUGACUCUGGCCUACGAUGGAGACGCCGACAUGUAGAUGUCUUCCUCCUCCCAGACGUACGAUCAAAACUCGGAGAGCAGGGUGGCUGUUGGUCCCCAUCUAACGUCAGGGUCCCUGCAGGGCAAUGGGUCGGCCAAUACGCGGACUGAAAACAUAACCUCUGAGCUUAAGACACUUAAGGUCUUAUUUAUUAGCAGCCUUGAUGUUCCUUCGUUUCCAUUUUGAAAUCUGUACAUUGUUUUUUUUACGAGCCUUCAUGACCUCUCUAUCUUCCUCUGGAAGUCUGCCUUUGCUUCUUCAACGUCUACCAAUGACUGCAUUUCAACCACAUUCAUUGGAGAGGGAGAAUUAAGAAGAGAUUUUAAUGUAAAAGCACAAAAACUCCUCAUUAGUUGAUGAUUUUCUUGCAGCUUAGUCGCAUGGUCUUUGCUCCACUCGUCCCUCAAUGAUCAAUAAGUCUUUUUCUCAUCGCUGUAAGGAGGAAACGGAAUAAAAAAAAUAUAAAAAAAAGACCAAAUAAAGGAAAUGAAAGUGAGUCUAAAGGACCCUGGAGCUGCCAUCACUUCUGCCUGCCCCUCCCUUCUUGUUUCUGGGCAUAAUUUUGCACUAUAUUAGUGCAGCAUGAUAUGUACUUAUGUCUCGCUUUGCCAUACGAAAACUGCCUCUCGAUACAAGACGCUGUACAACCCUUGUACCAGAAAUGUAAAAUAAAAACAGACCUUUUUGCUAACAGAACUGAACAAUGUUUGAUAACUAUUUGUUUUUGUAUUACUUCUUGUAUGUAAUCAAAUUUUGUAUAUAGAUUUUCUCUGUGAUUUCAGCUUUGGCUUUUUAAUACGCAUCUUUAUCCAAAUCUCUGCUGGAACCGUUUGAUCUGUUAACUGUGACCUCUGACCCACUGACAGCCAAAAACUCCCACAUAUAGAGUAAAAAACAUCACACUUUGACUUGAGUCUUAGAGAAAUAAUCUGUGACAUAAACUUCAUCAGACAGGGAAGAAAAAA